GGGCGGCCCAGCGGAGUUGGGAGGAGCCCCCCUUUCCCCGACCCGUCCGCCCCCCUAACCCUCCGCUACCCCGUCAUGGCGACGAGGCCCGGUGGCCCGUGAAAGAAGCCGACCGCCGUCACCCCAGCGGAGAACAACCCCCUUUCGGCGCGGUUCUAAGCCUUUUCCUCCGCCACACAACAUGGAGGCCGUGAAAGCUUUUAAUAGCGAGCUUUACUCACUGAAUGAUUACAAGCCUCCUAUUUCAAAGGCUAAAAUGACACAGAUUACUAAAGCAGCAAUCAAGGCCAUAAAGUUCUACAAACAUGUUGUGCAGAGUGUUGAGAAAUUCAUUCAAAAGUGUAAACCAGAAUACAAGGUGCCUGGCUUAUAUGUCAUUGACUCGAUUGUACGGCAGUCUCGACAUCAGUUUGGACAAGAAAAGGAUGUCUUUGCUCCUCGGUUUAGCAAUAACAUCAUUAGCACUUUCCAGAAUUUAUAUCGUUGCCCUGGGGAUGAUAAGAGUAAAAUUGUUAGAGUGCUCAAUUUGUGGCAGAAGAAUAAUGUGUUCAAAAGUGAAAUUAUCCAGCCUCUAUUGGAUAUGGCAGCAGGAAUUCCUCCUCCAGUUGUUACUCCUGUUUUGCCAGGGACAACUGCUACUUUGAGUAAUAAUACACCAGGAACUCCAGUGACUCCUGCUACUCCAGCCAAUGUAAUCCAAAGUUUACCUGAUCCAUGGGUAUCUCAGAUAACUAAUACAGAUACGCUUGCUGCUGUAGCACAGAUCCUUCAAAGUCCACAAGGACAACAGCUUCAGCAAUUAAUACAGACAUUGCAGAUGCAACAACAAAAACCACAACCAUCAUUGCUUCAAGCACUGGAUGCUGGUCUCGUCGUUCAGCUACAGGCUCUCACUGCUCAACUUACGGCUGCUGCUGCUGCCACCAAUACACUCAAUCCACUAGAACAGAGUGUCUCUUUUAACAAGAAGCUGAUAGAUAGGUUUGGAGAUUUUGGAGAAGAAACUGAUUUGAAUGAAGAGCCCAAAAAGGAAACUCCAACUUCUCAGUUGCCCCUUGUAUCUGAAUCCGUGAACAAUUCACUUUUUCAUCAGCUAGCUGAACAACUACAGCAACAAAACUUAGAACAUCUUCGGCAGCAGCUUCUAGAUCAGCAGCCACCAAAGGUCAGCCCUGAGGAAACUCAAGAAGAAAAUUUUGGUUCUGAGCAUUCAGCAUCACCUUCACAAGACAGCAGUCACCAACAGUUUUUAGAAGUGGAAACAAAGCUUGACAAUUCAAUGGAUGUUCAACAACAGGACAUGGAUAUAGAUGAAGCCCAGGAGAUUGUAGAACAAGAAGUCUUUGAGCAAGAAGAAAAGAAACCAGCAGUUCUUUCAAGAUCACGAACACGCUCAAGAUCACGUUCAAGGUCACCAAGAAAAAGAAGGUCAAGAUCACGGUCUGGUUCUCGAAAGCGUAAACACAGAAAGCGCUCACGUUCUAGAUCAAGAGAAAGAAAGAGGAAGUCAUCAAGAUCAUACUCAAGUGAAAGAAGAGCUAGAGAAAGGGAAAAAGAAAGACAGAAAAAAGGAUUACCUCCUAUCCGAUCAAAAACACUAAGUGUCUGCAGUACCACGCUUUGGGUUGGUCAAGUGGACAAGAAGGCCACCCAGCAAGAUUUAACCAAUUUAUUUGAAGAAUUUGGACAAAUAGAAUCUAUAAAUAUGAUCCCUCCCAGAGGUUGUGCAUAUGUCUGUAUGGUUCAUAGGCAAGAUGCUUAUCGUGCUCUUCAGAAAUUAAGCUCUGGAUCUUACAAAAUUGGAUCUAAAAUUAUUAAGAUUGCAUGGGCUUUAAAUAAAGGAGUGAAAACUGAAUACAAACAGUUUUGGGAUGUGGAUCUCGGAGUAUCAUAUAUACCCUGGGAAAAAGUUAAGGUGGAUGAUUUAGAUGGCUUUGCAGAAGGAGGCAUGAUUGACCAGGAAACAGUAAAUAGUGAAUGGGAAACUACAAGGACUUCAGAGACUGUAAAAGAGAGUGUGCAGAUAACCCAGAGUGCAACUGUUGAGAAAACCACAGUUGUCACAACACAGGCAGAAACUUAUAAACAAUCUGUCACUAUGUUACAGAUUCCUGUAGCGCCAACUGUGCCGACUGUUAAUUUAGUUCCACCUGCAUUUCCUGUUACAAUGUCUGUCCCUCCACCUGGUUACAGUGGAAUUCCUCCGCCUCCAUUCUUGAGAGCAAGCUUUAAUCCUUCACAACCACCUCCUGGUUUCAUGCCUCCACCUGUUCCGCCACCUGUUCCACCACCUGUAGUCCCAACAUCUCUUGUACAGCCGUCGCUGACUAUUGCUCAAGAAUCAAUGAAAGAUUUUAGCAGCCUUGUUCUACCAGGUGGUACGGUUUCUAGUAGUCUUACGACAUCAACAUUAUCUGCCGGAAGUGUCUUUUCUUCUCUUUCAAAUAACAGUUCAGAAUUGGAUGAAAAAGGAUCUCUUCGUGCUGAUCUUCCAACCUCUUCUACGGAAAACAGAACUGUUCAAGAUGAUGUUUCAAGCAGUUCUGGACUUACCGAGGGAGUACAGCCAUCUGGUAUCACAACCAGUUCUGGGCAUGUAGGGGGAAUUCAGCCACCACAUGUCUCAAGUAGUGCUGGACUUGUGCAGCCAGUCAGUGUCUCAAGCAGCUCUGGACUUUUGACAAGAAUUCAACCACCCACUGCUUCAAAUAGCUCUGGUCUUAUAACAGGUGUUCAGGCUCCAAGUGUCUCAAGUAGCUCUGGGCUUUUGUCAGGACUUCAGACGAUAAAUGUUUCAAGCAGCUCCAGCCUUUUAAUGGGUAUCCAACCACCCAUAGUCUCAAAUAAUACUGGACGUUUGUCAGGAAUCCAGCCACCCAUUGUAUCAAAUAGUUCUGGGCUUUUGACAGCACUCCAACCACCCAUUGUAUCAAGCAAUUCUGCAAUUUUAGGAUUGCCACCACCAAUGGUUUCAAGUAGUUCUGGACUGUUAGGAUUACCACCACCAAAUAUUUCAGGUGGUUCUGGACUAUUAGGACUACAACCACCCACUGGAAUUCAAAAUUUGCCCCAUUUAACUAUUGCUAGUCAACGGUUGCCUGGAAUUUCUCUAGUAGAAAUCCGAUCGGGAUUAAUACCACAACCACCUGGUGCUAGAUUUCCACUACUGCAACCUGGGAUGCCACCACAACGUACAGUUCCUCCUCCAACUAUACUUGAUCCAUCCCUUCCUCCACCUAGAGUUCCUUUCCUUCCAGGAGAUAUUUUUACUCAAACAGAGAGGCCAUUUGUAACUUCUGGUAGGCACAAUAUGGAUAUUUCUAACCCAGAUAAAAGAUUGCCUGUUGGGGAAGAUAGCAUUCAACAAGAAGGAGAUAGAGACUAUCGCUUUCCUCCAAUGGAAAGUAGAGAUCGAACAUCUUCAGUAGAUAUAAGGGAUUCUGUUGGAAGGCCACCCCUAGAUCCAAGAGAAGGUCUAGGUCGACCUCCUAUGGAUGGAAGAGAACAUCUUCUCAGACCACAUAUAGAUUUGCGGGAGAACUUUGGAAGGCCAGGUAUUGAUAAUCUAAGGAGAGAGCAUUUUGCUUUCAACUCAGAAAAACACUGGGGUCAAAGAGGAGAUUAUGAUGAAAGAGAACAUCAGACCUUUCCUGUAUAUGGUAGUCUCAAAGGGUUCCAGGAAGCUCGAGACAGAUACCGGCAAACAAACUACAGAUUUGAAAUUCGAAGUGGUCCUACCUGGAACAGAGGACUUGAACAAGAUGCUCACAGAGACUUUGAUGACCGUCGUAGACCAUGGGAAAGGCAAAGGGACAGGGAUGAUAGAGAUUUUAAUUUUGGUAGAGAAAUUAACGGAAACAGAUUUGGGAGAGAGAGAACACAGAACAACUGGAUACCCCCUCCGCAUCCAAGAGCGUUUGAAUAUUUUGAAGGUGGUGCUUCUCAACAAAAAGUUGAUAGUGUUCCCCAAGUUAAUGGUGAAAACACAGAGACAGUGAAUCAGCCAUCUGCUGUGCAAGUGCAGGAUGAAUUGGAACUUUAUGAAAAGUUGGCGACUUCAAAUGAGACAAAAAAAGAGAAGAGUGACACAGAAGCUGAAUUAGAAACUGAACCAGUGGUAGAAAGCACAGAAACUGAGGGGACAUAAUCAUCACUCAGUAGGCAAUAUGAUGAAGGAGGUUGUGGCAACUUACCGUAUGCUGGGCUCGGCAGACUUAAAUGAGAAGUACUUCAGUGUUCUAAUGGGCACCACAUCGCAUCUUGGUUAUGAAGUAUUAGAAGGAAGGAACCUGGCCUUACAUACUGAGGAGGCAGUGUGUGUCAAAACACAUAUUCUGAUUCUUUAAAAAAUAGAGAUUGCAAACAUAUCUACCAGUAUUACCUGUCUGGAGCAGGCUUAAUUUUAUAAAUUGAAAGCAAUAAACUCCAUGAGUUUUUUUUAAAAAAACAAUACUCUUUUUUUCCUAUGUUUUUGAGGAUUAUUUGUUCAAAUGAAAGUUUUUGCAUCCAGUAGAGAGAAAGGCUCUUCUGCAGGAUCAGAAGAUAACACUGGACUGUAAAUUAUAACUAAAGCCCAUAUCUUCUAAUGUUAUUAAUCAAAGGACAGGUUGCAAGAAAAAUACUUAGUGGUUUUGCUUUUGGAUUAGACAUUUUGAAAUGUGUCCCUAAGAAGUUCCAUUUGCUGUAACACUACAUGGGCAGUCACUGUAUAGAUCUUGCAUUAAGGAUACGCCUUUGGUUCGAGACAUUCAGCAAGUGGUCAAUGUCAAACUAACAUGUUCUACAAUCUUUGAGUAUAUUGGUCCAUAAGCACUUAAUCUGUUACACAGAAAAUCUUGAAGAAGGGUGGAGACAACCAGAGAAGACUUGAGCCUUUUUAGGUUCUUGAAUCCCACAGUCUUCAGGAUUUUAGAAGAAUAAUGAAAUUUAAAUCACAAAGCCAAUAUUUGUCCUGAAUCAACUUUUUGGCUUUUUGUUAACAUUGAAAAAGUAAGGUCCAAAUAGAAGUGAUUGAUGAUGAAAUGAAAAGUUAUAAUGAAUUCAUUUUAAAAGGCACUCGGUGGACAAGAGUGUAUUUAUUCACACUUAAAAACAAUGACCCUCAGUAAGCUCAAAGCUUUAUGUACAUUUCAGGUUCAAACAUUUAGACUUGGUUUACUGAUCAGCUGUAGAAAGGAAAAAACAACAGCAUUCUUAUGCACCACGCGCUGUCUCUCUAAGUUUGUUUACUCCAAGAAGUAAUGGGACAGUUAUACAAAAUAUUGUAGCUUAUGAUCUCGUGGAAUCAGAACUUCAGCAAAACCAUUCUCCUUAUGCUGUACUUGCAUGGUGACCAGAGCUUUGGACUUGUGUAACAAUAAAAAAAAAAUUAGAUGCAGAGUCCUAUUUUCUUCAUCUGGCAACAGUAUAAAUCAUACAGUUUGACCUCCUCACUGUACCAUGAUAAUACCUUAACACUAACCCUCUCUGAUCUGAUGCUAUUUCCAUUUGUUGGGAUGGGAACCACAAAAUCCCCAGCUUCCGUGGAUAUUCAUGAUGCUAGCAGGGAAUUGUAAUUCUAGCAGAUUUUGAGGCAGCAACUUGGGGAGCAUUGCAUAAAACCUAUUCAUUUAGGUACCUUGCCAUUACAAUAAUAAUAAGCAACAACAUAACAAUGAACACAGUGAAAAUCAACUUUCUAUUGAAUUUUUAUUUUUUUUAAAUGUAGAAAUUAGUACACAACUGUAUUGCCAAUAUCAAAGAUGUCCUUUUGAAGAGCGGAUUGCACAUGCCCACGUUCUAGCUCCCACCACUACCCAUAGUGCUGUUCCUCUGAUACUUCUACUGCUCUGUUUCCUUUAUUUAUGGCUCUUGAGUCAUGUGCAUCUUUAUCUAACUUCUAAAUUAGUUUUAUCACGAUCAAAAAAAAUGUGAGCUUUCAAACACAACUACAGUAUGCUCCUACAAACUGUCUCUGUGAUCUGUAAUGGGACAAAGGCUUUAUUAGAAUCAACUACAUUUUUUAAAAAAAUAGUCACAGUUGAAUUGAUUUUAAUAUUGGUAUUACGAUAUUGAGGCCUGCAUUUUUCCUUAAAUGGUCAAUUAAGCUGUUUUGAUCUAGUAAAGAAAAAAAAAGGAUCAACAGAGUUCAACAGACUCCUAUGAGACAUUCCUGAAGAAAUGUUUGGAGCAAUGAAUCUCUAUUCUUAGGAGAAGAGAAUACAUGAAUAAUGUUUUUGCUGAGGAAAUCAUUACAAAUGUGUCCCUGAUUUUAUACACCAGGAGGUGUUAUGUUCUAGGAUAUGAUUUCUAAUUGUGUUCAUGUUAUUUAACACAAGGCAUUUCUUAAGUGUAAUUUGAAUUUGCCAAGUUAUGCUUGUAUAGUUAUGCAGUUAUAAUAUUCUCCAUCUGAUGAAUACUUCUUUGUGGCUGAAUAGAGCAUUAACAAAAGAAAAUUAAAUAAGUUUACAUUC